AGUCAGAAACAUCAUCGCAUGCGCGUAUCCGUCAACAAUCUGUCGUUAACUGUCACUGUCUUAUAUUUUAAAAUAUUGUUUUUUUAUACUUUUUACCGUAUUUUUCAAUCUACAAAUUUUUACCCUACUAUGAACGGAUCUUUCGAGCUGUUAAGUACAAUGUCCCCUAAAGUUAAUAAAUCAAUUAUAAACAGUAAUCUCGUACCUCCAUGCAAGAAGCAAACAUCUUUACAAGCACGUCCAACUAAAUUGGCUUUAAGGAAAUACUUUAGAAAAUCGCAAAAUGCACGCCACGUAAAACAAUCAAUAAAACAUGAUUUGAUAAUUGAAAUAGAGUCUAGUAGCAGUUGCUCUUUUGAAGAAAAGGUUUUGAACGAGACACCUAUUGUAAUAUCGGACAGUGAUAAUUCUUUUAUAAUUGAAAAAACACCGGUUAAAACUGUACCUGAAAAAGAUUGCAAUAAAAGACACAUGCCAGGACAAAGUAAUGAAAGAAUGUCAAAAGGAAAAUACAAUAGUAUUGAGCUUUGGGUUGAAGAUGUUAAUAAAGCUAAGCACAACGUCUCUGGUUUCAGCGAAAUAUCUUCAAUGAUUGGAAAUGAUAAUCCCGGCUUUAAAAAAAGCAAUAUAAAUGAUGCUGCGAGUUCAACGAUGUUAGAAUCUAAUUUACGUUUUGAUGAGUUGUUUAGGAAAAAAAAUAUUAAUCAGGAAAAUGAUUUGACGGUGAAUAACAGUUUGAAAAGUGAAAAUCAGAGCCUGGAAAAUGUAUUUAAAAAUAUGAUUUUGAAUGAUUCUCUCUAUUUGAAUGAAAGUUUUACUUCAAGGCUUAAAAAUAAAAAUUGUGUUGCUGAUAACAACAAAAACUCACAACGCAAUGGAAAAAAUGACACCCAGAUUGGAUCCUCACAGUUAGAUACAAAUAAAAGUCACAAUACAAGCCCAGGAAGAGAGAAAGCCGAAAAUAUGGGUGCUUCCGAUUGUGAGGAGUAUGAGAAGUUGUUAGACAGUUUAUAUGGUAACAGUUGGAGAGAUAAAAGAGAAGAUAUUCUGCCUUCAUCAGAGCCCAAAUUAAAAAAAAACAAAUUGAAAAUUACUAAAGCGGUUCCAAACACUGAAAGACGAGAAAAUAAAUUUUCGAAUUUACUAGAUGAAAGAAAGGAAUCAAACUUAUUAAAAGAUUUACAAAGAGCACGAUUUAGACAAGCUUUAGAAUCGCCUUUGAUGGAAACUAUUAAAAAACUUUGUGACUCUGACACAGAUUCAGAGGAUGAAAAUAAAAUGCCUCACGUGAAAUUAAAUUUUGAUGAUGAAUCAUCUGAAUCUGAUUGUGUUGUACCAACAAAAUCACCAAUCAAAAAAACGCAAUUGCUAAAAGAGAAUAAUGAAAAUUUUCUUGGCACUUGUAGCUUUUUAGCGUCACUGUCUGGAUGUGUUCCAGCUACAAAUUGUGAUAUGACUGCCCUAAUUUUUAGAAAUAAUUUUAAACAACAGAGAGACAAACUGACUGAAAAACUAUUUCAUUUGUAUAAUGAACAAGUUUUUGACAAUUCCAUUUCAGAAGAUACAAGAAUCGAAUGGAGCGAAAAGUUGAGAGGCACAGCUGGAUAUUGUCGUUGUAGAAAAAUUACCAAAAGGACGGGUGUUGUCGAAAGACACGCUACUAUAGUUUUAUCUAGUAAAGUACUAGACAGGGCUGACAGAUUGCGAGAUACUUUGAUACACGAAAUGUGCCAUGCGGCUACGUGGAUUGUUAAUCAAGUAACCGAUGGACAUGGUCCGUUUUGGAAAUCCUGGGCUUCGCGUGCAAUGAAAACUUUUCCCGAACUUCCGCCAAUUAAAAGAUGCCACGAAUACGUCAUUAAUACUAAAUAUACUUAUAAAUGCACCGGUUGUGGAUACAGUAUUGGGCGGCACACAAAGUCUUUAAAUACAGAAACGAAACGUUGUGGCUAUUGCUAUGGAAAGUUUGAGGUUUUAAUUAAUAAGAUUAGUAAAAAAGGUGAAACAAAAUCGAUCCCUGCCACACCUAAGAAGCCGUCAGGAUUUGCAUUGUUUGUUAAAGAAAAUUAUGCAACUGUGAAAACGCCUGACUUGAAACAUGGCGAUGUUAUGAAAAUUUUGGGACAACAAUUUGCCGACUUAAAAGUUGACCAAUCUUAAUUAAUAAUAGUUAUGUAUGAAAUUUUCGUUUUUAACAACAUGAAACUAAAAUAGCACAAACUA